AUGUCACCACCAGAAUCCAGUCCAAUAAUUUCGGAAAUGUCCUUUGAUGAGACAUGCCCUAAAUCUCCUGACCAAGAAGUCAAAAAUAAUUUUUCCAUUAUCGACAACAUCAACUAUAAAUCUGAAAUUGGAACUGAAUAUAUUCCAACUAAUGAGUUUGGCACACUUGUCGGUUCAUCAAUUUUACAACAAAAAUUAAAUGAUUACGAAUAUGGAUAUAAUGACUAUGAUUCUUCUACAGAUUCAGAAAUCACACCUACCGAAUCACAUCCGAGUUUUUGGCGAGGUUUAUCAAAUGAUACAUUAAUCACAACUAACGAUGCGAUCAUAUUUUCCAACACCGAAUCAGUUAUAGAUUCAACAAUAACACCCAUUGAUGAUGGCUUUGGGAUCCCUAAUCAUACAGACUUUGCUGCCGCGAACGGAUACAUCUUAGAAGAAUCUUCCUAUUUUUUGGAUUUUGAUAUUGCGGAUGAUCCUGGAAUUAUUUUUUCGUCGGACGG